GGAGUCUGUUGACAGCUGACGAUCUUGCUGGUUCUACCUUCCCUUCCUCUCAUCCCUCCUCUCAAGCGAGGAGAAAUCGUCCAGAUGAAGAGAGAGCAUACGCGCAGGAGAGGACGAGGUCAACAGGGGAGGAGGAUGAGGAGGUAGAAGAGGAGCUCGUUUACACAGCAGCACAUGUGACGUCCAUCCUCAAGCCCGUAUCUUUGACCAUGAUCCUGGUGGUGUGGAUCAUCAAGAUGACGGAGGAGGUGCUUCGAAACGAGACUAUUCAAUCCCCCUACUAGUAUUCAGAGAAGAGUCAUCGGAUGCAGAUGGAACAAGAGCCUUGAAGGCCCUUGUAAAUGCUCUAGUCGUUGUGAUGGCAAUUCUGGUCUUCACUGUCAUAUUCUUUUUCCUGUACAAGUAUCGUUGUAUGAAGAUUCUCUAUGGUUGGCUCGGGCUCUCCGUUGCCAUGCUUCUAGGUUUCAGCGGCGGAGCAUUAUCAUACUCGCUGAUCAUCUCUCUGAGCAAAACACAAGCCGGCUGGUUCCCUUCCAUUGAUGUGUACUCGUUCAUGUUCCUCCAGACGAACUUCGCGGCGAUGGGGGUGCUGGUUGUUUUCUGGAAGUCGCCGCUAAUUGUGAAGCAAGUCUACUUGAUCAUCGCAAGCUGCAUCAUGGCCUGGGUUCUCUCUAGGUAUUUUCCUGACUGGACGACAUGGGCGCUUCUCUUCGGCUUGUCUGUGUACGACAUCUUUGCCGUGCUGUCACCCUGCGGACCUCUCAAGGCUCUCGUAGAGCUUUCUCAAGAUCGAGGGGAUGCCAUCCCAGGUCUGGUGUAUGAGGCUGCACCGCCGGAGAAGCGAGCAGGAAGAUCCAGGCAAGAACGAGUCAAGCUUGGCCUGGGUGAUUUUGUCUUCUACUCAGUGUUGAUUGGUCGUGCAGCAAUCUUCGAUUUCACCACUGUCGUCACUUGCUUUCUAGCGAUCUUGACGGGGCUCAUCCUGACUCUUUUCUGUCUCGCAGUCUUUCGCAAGGCUCUUCCCGCCCUUCCCUUCAGCAUUUUCCUCGGGAUCGCAACAUUUCUCGUAAGCAAGGCUGUCCUCAUCCCUUUCCUCCAACCGCUGCAGAUGCAGCAAGUCUUGCUCUAGAAGACCAAGGAAAGUAAAGACACCCCAAGAG